AUGGCAUUUAAGAAAAAACUUAAAUUGAGAAGUGAAAAAAUAAGCAGGAACAUAGAAGGUUUGCAAAUGAAAAAAUCACAAGUGCAGGAGAAAAUAGGAAUAAAUAUGAGGUCAAACGUAUCCGAAUACGAAACAUUCCUGAACGCAGUGGUAAUGGAUAAAAUUGUCUCCAAUAUUCCAAGCUCGAAUAUGAUGGCAGGAUCGUUUCCAGAGAAUAUUAAACUAGCAGAUCCAAAUUAUAAUAUUCCAAAAGGAAUUGAUUUGCUUCUUUCAAAUCAAUUUAUAUUUGACUUAAUAAUUGAUGGCAAAAUGCAUGAUGAAGGAUCUAUGACAAAGCUGCAAAAUACGAAAUUAGGUUGGGUAGCAUAUAGUAUGUCGAAGUUAGAUGGUAGUAAACCAGAAAACAAUAUUGUUGCAUUUGAAAAUACUUGUGACAAAAGAUUGGAAAAGUUUUGGGAAAUUGAGGAAGUUCCACAAAUAAGCAAACUUUCAGUAAUGGAAAAAGAAUGCGAGAAAUUAUUUGAUGAAAAGUUUAAGAGAACAUCUGAUGGUAAAUUUAAAGUUGGGUUACCUUUUAAAGAGGAUGUAGGAAAGCUAGGAAAUUCUAGAUUUAUCGCGAAAAGAAGGUUCCUCGCACUUGAAAGAAAAUUGGAAAAUAAUCCUCAUAUAAAGGAUCAAUACGAUCAAUUUAUGCAACAAUAUUUGGAAAUGGGACAUAUGGAGGAAAUGUCCAAUGAAAAAUGUUAUGAUGGUUAUUAUUUACCACAUCACUGCGUACUUAGGCCUGAAAGUACCACAACUAAGUUGAGAGUAGUAUUUGAUUCUUCUUGUAAGACUACAAAUAAUAUAUCAUUGAAUGACAUGUUGCAUACGGGUCCUAGACUUCAAGAGGAUUUAUUUAAUAUAUUGUUAAGAUUUAGAAAGCAUCGAUAUGUAUUUUCAGCUGAUGUAGAAAAAAUGUACCGACAAAUUUGGGUAGAAAAAACUGAUAGAAAAUAUCAGUUAAUAUUUUGGCGUUGGAACCAAAAUCAAGAAAUUAACACAUAUGCUCUGAAGACUGUCACUUAG